UAGUAAACUAUCUGAUGCGAAGAAAUGUAAGAAAAGAUGGCAGCACCAUACGCAUUAUAAACAUUGCAUCUGUUGUGCAUUUUUCUUGAUAAGUGAUCCAAAAUAUUGUUGUCUGUUUUAGAUUUUAAUGUAAUGAGUUACUUAACGUUGGUAACGCGUCCUAGAUAUUUUAGCCUUAAGCGUAAUAGAAAGAGGUCGAUCCUCAACCCAAAGAGUCCUAGUAGCAUCAGUUGAAAAAAUAGGUCGUUACGCAGAAAGACAGUUGAAAGAUAGUUCACAUUAAGCAUCUUGUGGCCAAUCUUUCCGUAGAUUAAUUGCAUUAUAUAUAUAUUUGGUUAAUCCCACAAACGUGUAUAUAGUGAAACCAGAAUGUCAGUGUUCUUCGUGAAUACUAAUCAAGAUAGCGAAGUUGAAGGAGAUUCCAAUGGUGAUUUACAAAUUGCAUCGCCUGGCAGCUCCGAAGCCCAACAAAAUUUAAUACAAUUUUGGCCAAAAGUUACAGAAGAAAUAAAAAAGAUUAGAACGAUAGAUCAAAAGACACAAUCGCUACCACUGGCGAGGAUAAAAAAAAUAAUGAAAUUGGACGGGGAUGUUAAAAUGAUAAGUGCGGAGGCUCCAAUGCUUUUUUCUAAAGCAGCAGAAAUCUUUAUUCAUGAGCUAACUCUUAGAGCGUGGGUACACACAGAAGAUAAUAAAAGACGCACACUUCAGAGAAACGAUAUAGCAAUGGCAAUAACUAAAUACGAUCAGUUUGAUUUUCUUAUUGAUAUUGUUCCUAGAGAUGAACUUAAACAAAGCAAAGCGCAAACAGAAAGCACAGUCCGCACAUCUAUGAACUCGGAUCAAGUACAUUAUUACUUUCAAUUAGCACAGCAGCAAGCUUCGGCAAAUCAAAAUGUACAAAAUAAUGGUACGGCGACUCAACCUAUACAAAUUGUACAACCCUCCACAGGGCAAAUACAAACAAUAAACAUUGGUAGUCCAGUUGAACAGGAGACAUCGAACACGAGUACGACUCAAACCGUUACUGUGCAGAGUCCACAACAGUCUUCGGGUCAACAAAUAAUCCAAUUACAACAGACACAACAAACUCCAACUUCUCAGACUGGAGGAAUUCAAAUAGUACAACAAAUUGUAACUCCCACUGGAGAAAUUCAACAAAUACCUGUAACUAUACUAUAAAAGAAGAUAAGCUUAUUAUACCAGAGAUCUUAAAUAUACAAUUGACUCCCCAACAACUGCAAAUGAUACGCAUGCAGGUUCAAGGAGGUAGUAAUCAACCUAUCAUAAUUCAAACUGCUCCCAUUCAAACUCAACCUCAGCUCAUACAAGUCGCGCAGGGUGCACAAGCACCAGUUUUCUUACAAACCAGUGCUGCUGACAACGAGUAACACAGUAACGUAUAAUAGUUUUAAGUAAUAUUACUUGUUUGCAUUAAAAUUUUGAGAUAUUUACGUUACUUCCGGAACAAACGACUGUUGUUUCAAAAAUGAUAUCUACGCUACUUACCUAUUAUUAUCGCGUUUUCUUAUUCGCUGUGUAAUAAUAUGGAAGAUAAAGAAGUGAUAAAUAUCUUAAAAAUCUCAUCCGCGGAAGGAAACUUUCCUAUUAUUAAUUAUUAUUAAUUAACAUCAAACGUCGUUACGUCAGAAAUUCCGAUGCUUCGUGUAUACCUAUUUCUACUGCAACGUAUCAAAUGACUCAUUUUUUAAAAGUCAUAUGUUGUUUAAUGGUGUAUGUAUAGUAUAAAAUAUUUGUCUAUCUUUUUCAUGCAAUAAGAAUUUUUGACUCACAAAAUAGCACACUGUAACUUAUAAGAAAUUCUACCAGAAAGUUAAAAAGAGUCACGACGGGUCCGCCGUUAAUAUUAAAAUUUAGUGUUAAUACUAGGUGAGCUGUUAUGAGAGUGAAAAUCAUUACGACCAACAACAGGGUACUCAUUAAAAAAAAAAGUAUUAUUAUAACAAAGAAUUAAUUAUAAUUAAAGGGGGUACCGCUAACAGGUUAAAUGAUUAAUAUAAAAUUGUAUGAUAAAAAAUAAAAUCUUUUAUAAAUUAUU